AACGAGCUUGUACAUCUUUAGCAGUUUUUGUCUUGCGGAACAAUAAACGAUAUCUAAUGUGCCGCGCUUUCUAACGAUUGUGUAAUCAUAUUUUUUUACAUUUAUCUUUGGGAGAUCUAUGUACUUCGAAUUUACGACGUUAUGCGAUAGUUAUCCAAUAAAAACGAGUUUGAACGUGGGUUUUUUAGUAACUUGAAGCGAAGCAGUUGCGAACUCGUCACCCCAAACUCAACAGAAAUCAUGGAGCCUCGAUGGCAGCCGAAGGGGUCUAGCCACUCCUGGGAAAUGAGACAUGGGCCCAGUGUACCUAGUAUGCCCCAGAAAGAUGCCUACUCCAGGCUGCUCAGCCAACACCACAGCAGCGCCUUCCGGGCUUAUCUGGAGCAGUUUGCUCGGGAGCAGCAUCUGCAGACUGACCACAACAGACCUGGUUUGGCAGGUAUCGGAGCACCGGGCACCAAUGGCUGCUCUCCGCAUCCUGCAAAAGACACUGAGUCAGAGAGUUGCCUGUCUCUAUACAUGGGCAAGCUGAAUGGGCGAGGGGGUGCGGCCGUCCUUGAGCCACCAGGGCCAAAGCCGGGAUCAGGGGCACGGCGGCCGAGGCGUGGCGAGAGGAGGGACACGAACGCCAGCCAAGAUGCCGAUGUCGAAUCUAGUGAAGAGGGGCUCCUGAAACACCCAAAACCGCAGAAGAAACAGCAGCAUGGUGGGGGAGGGGCUUUCAGGAUCCCCGCUGGUGAUGCGGGAACAAAUGGCCCUGUGGGGCUUGCCGGCGGGCAGCAGCACAAUAAGCAGAAGCACAAGAAGAAAAACACAGCAAAAAACAAGAUGGACGCCGCGACUGAGGGAGGCAGGAGUGCUGGUGCCGUCAGCCCUGUCACGACAGCGCCAAAGGGCCACAUUGACAGAGCGACGGCAGCGCAGCCUCAGGACCAAGUCCAUUCAGCCCAACUGACCCCAGACAAGAUCAAGAGCAAAAAUAAAGGAGGCAGAGGGAAGAAGAAGCAAGUGUUUGAAGUGUACCUGUCUGUGGAGGAGGUGUCCAAGGGGCUUAAGAGGGGAGAACUCAUUCAGGGAUCAAUAAGAAUCAACCCUAAGAAGUACCAUGAGGCAUUUAUUCCUUCACCUGACGGCACGCGUGACAUAUUCCUGGAUGGGGUUGCGGCCCGGAACCGUUCCCUCAAUGGGGACGUUGUGGUUGUCAAACUCCUCCCACGGGAGCAAUGGAAGGUGAUUAAGUCUGACACAGACGGGGAGGGGAGUGGUGAGUCGGAGAACCCGACCAUGGGGACCUCAACCCGGAGGUCGACGGGGGGAGCCCAGCCCAGCCCCGACGUCAUCGUGGAGGCGCAGUUCAGCGAAGGCGAGCACAAUGCACCCAACGCUGAUGCACUUGCUACCAAGGUUGAGGUGAUGAAUCUCCAGUCAUCCACAGCUUCGCACAGCCCUGGGGACGUUAAAACUGUAGCUGACAAGUUUCUUCAAAGGACUGGGAAGGUGGUGUACAUCGGCCAGCAGAAGCACUCCCGGGCCGCCACUGGCUUCCUGAAAUUCCUGCCAGAUAAGAGCUUCGCCAUGUUCUCUCCAGUGGACCACCGCGUGCCGCGGGUCAACGUGCCCCUGGCCGACUGCCCCGCAGAUUUUGCCACGCGGCCUAACGACUACGCCAGCAUCCUGUUCAUCUGCCGCAUCACCGACUGGCCCGCGGACAGCGCCUUCGCUGAGGGGCGGCUGGUGAAGAGUUUGGGCCUGGCUGGAGAGAUUGAGCCGGAGACGGAGGGCAUCUUGACGGAGUACGACGUGGACUUCACUGAAUUCUCUGAGGAUGUUCUGCAGUGUCUCCCUCAGGACCUGCCGUGGACCAUCCCGGCUGAUGAGUUCACGAAAAGGAGAGACUUGAGAUCGGAGUGCAUCUUCACCAUCGACCCAGCCACUGCCAGGGACCUGGACGAUGCCUUGUCCUGCAAACCUCUUCCAGAUGGAAACUUCGAAGUCGGAGUUCACAUCGCUGACGUGAGCUACUUCGUGGAGGAGGGAAGCUCGCUGGACGGCGUCGCUAGCAGAAGAGCAACGAGUGUCUACUUGGUUCAGAAGGUGGUCCCGAUGCUGCCCAGGCUGCUCUGCGAGGAACUGUGCAGCCUGAACCCCAUGACUGACCGAUUGACCUUCUCAGUCAUCUGGAAAAUCACUCCAGAGGGGAAGAUCCUGAGUGAGUGGUUCGGCCGUUCCGUGAUUCGUUCCUGCGUCAAGCUGAGCUACGACCACGCCCAGAGCAUGAUUGACUCGCCCGAUGCCCCACCCAGCCCCGAGCAGCUGCCCCCCUGCUCCCCCGAGCACCCUGUCACCGAGAUCCACCGGGCCGUCCUGGACCUGCACCGCAUUGCCCGGCAGCUUCGCUCCCAGCGCUUUGAGAAUGGCGCCUUGCGUCUGGACCAGUCCAAGCUGUCAUUCACCCUGGACAAGGAGUCAGGAAUGCCCCAAGGCUGCUACGUCUAUCAGUACAGGGACAGCAACAAGCUUGUAGAGGAGUUCAUGCUUCUGGCCAACAUGGCCACCGCCCACCGGCUCUACCGAAGCUUCCCAAAGUUUGCUCUGCUUCGCCGACACCCUCCGCCCCAGACCAAGAUGGUGGACGACCUCAUGGAGUUCUGCGACCAGAUGGGCCUGAGCCUGCACUUCUCCUCUGCAGGGGCUCUUCACAGGAGUCUGAACGAAACCCUGGGGACGGAUCAGUACUCACUGGCCAGGAAAGAGGUCCUGACAAACAUGUGCUCCAGGCCCAUGCAGAUGGCUGUAUAUUUCUGCACUGGGGUCCUGAUGGAUAAGGUCCAGUUUCGACACUAUGCCCUCAAUGUACCUUUCUACACUCACUUCACCUCGCCCAUCCGUCGCUACGCUGACGUCAUUGUGCAUCGCCUGUUGGGCGCGGCGCUGGGGUGCAGCCCUCACCCCAGCCUGGAAGCUGAGGACGUCCAGAGACAAUCGUCCCACUGCAACGACAAGAAGACGGCCUCUAAGCGCGUGCAGGAGCUCAGCUCUGAGUUAUUCUUCGCCGCCUUUGUCAAGGAGUGUGGCCCGUUGGAGUCGGAGGCCAUGGUGAUGGGGGUUCUCGACCAGUCCUUUGACGUGCUGGUGCUGAAGUACGGCGUGCAGAAGCGUAUCUACUGCAAAGCGCUGCAGGGUCUGAAAGACUUCCGCUUCCGCAAGGCUGGGAAGAAGCCGGAGCUGACCCUGGUUUGGGCAGCAGACGAGACCGUGCGGGGACCCGUGGAGCAGGAGAUCAGCAUCUUCACCCUGGUGGAGGUCCAGCUACAAGCGGAUGCAGCCCCCAUGAAGUACAGUGCCACACUGAAGCGUCCCUUCCCCACCGGGCCAUGAGACGGCCCCCUACUGGUGCCACAAGUUAAAUGCUUAAACUGAAGUGCACGUGUUUCUUGCCUUUUAAAAUAUGCCAACAGGCUUUUUAAUUGAAGUACUGUUUUUUUAUUAUUAUUAUUAUUAUUGUAAACUAAUUAUAAGCGACCAGCAUUGUAACUUGGCAUUAAUGAUAAUUAUGACAAAUGGAUUUGGCUGAAGUUUUCUUUGAAGGGCCAAGGGGAUACAGUGUGCUGCUGUUUGUAUUGUGUCUUCAGACCCCCAAGGUCAGUGUUACAUACCUGUGUAUCUGUGCCCAGUUUUCUGGGCUGAGGAGAUUGUCCUAGUGUAAGAUUUAAGCUUUAAUAUUAGCAGGAGAUGUGUGUUCAGAAACUGGAGAUGUUCUUUUGUUAAGCCAUUUAAUUCCAUGUGUGUUUAGUAGUAGCUAGCAGACAAUGAACUGGAAAACGCAGGAUCUAUUAUUAUUUUUAGUCUGCUGUGCUGAACGGGUGCAUUAUGGCUCUCUGCACACGAACACACAGCACAGAAGCACUGAUGUGCUUCCCACAGGUUGACGACGUGAUUGUUAGGAGAUGCUUACAGCUAGCAUGCAAGUAGCGGGGCCCUAAGUUUGGGCUUGAAUGGUAACAGGUAAAUAGCAGUUCACGGCUGAUUUAGCACUAGGGAUCAGUGUGUCUGGGAAACCGAAACUCCUGUUUGCUGGAGGACUUUAAUUUUGAAAUUGUGCCCUGCAAACCCAUGCCGAUCGAUAGGAACACAAAUUUACAAAGAGUUGAGUGACUUUUUAAUGUUUUGUUUGCCAAAGUGUUGACGUUUUUAAAGUGUUAGUUUUGGGUGUGCUAAUCCCCUUUUAGAACCUGAAAUGCCGACGGGAUGCUAACUUGUGCUUUUUGGUACUUGGGGACUUGUGGUCCUUUUGGGCAUCUAUUGCUGGAGCCCCCAGCCCGACCUGCAGCACAUGUGCUUCUGCUCCUUAAGCAGUGAUGCGCACCAAGGUAAUGGUGGCCUUUUACCAGUCCCUUUGGAGAUGUGGGCCUUCUUUGUUGAAACGUGUACGGUUUUUAUCCCAGGCAGAGCUUUUCUCCAUUCUGCCCUUCUCCUGGUUUGCAGUGGGCCUGAGUUUUUUGGGGGGGUUUAGUGAGCGUUAACAUGAAGAUGUCCAUUCGGCUUGGGAUUUGGGGUUUCUGGAAAUUUCUACAGACGCACCCCACUCCACCCCACCCCACUUUGAAAACUUUCAUCUGCCCUGCUGUCGUGAGCAUAACCGGCUGCAUGCAUCAGCUGCACUUUAUGGGCAGUUUGCCAGCUAGGAAUGACGUCUCGUGUGCCUCUGCCACGGUCACAUUGCCACAUAUUUAAGCUCCAGCUGUCUUUACGAGAACAAAGCCAUGUGCUGGAAGGAGCGCGCUCGGUGCCUCGGGAUGUGUGACUGUCGUCGUUUGUGUCCUUUUCCCCUCUGAUGCCGUUUCAUUUUCAAGCCUUUAAAAGUGCAUCACAUCUGCCUUCACUUGAGUGUUUUCUGGUCAAAUUUGAAUGAUCGUGUAAAGUUGGGAGUCGGCUGACCUUGACGUCUUCGAGCGUCUGUCCACCUGUCAGCCUCGUCACUCAAAUCCAGCUGUGCUUUUCCCGUUUAGGUGUCUCUUUUAAUUAUUGCGUUGAUCUUUGUGCUUAAGAUCAACGCAAGACGUUUAUACCUGAUGUUUUUACAGGGUAUGUGAAGGAGGAAAACACAAAUGUGCUAAACUUUAAUUUAACUUUUAGUCACAAAGAUUUAACACACAGAUGCCUGUCUCUAUCUAACCAGCUGUGAAAAGAGCUGGACUGUAAUCUGAAGCGUGUAGUUUGUGCAGUUAACCGUGUAUCUUCUACAUCAGGGGUCAUUCAUAGUGAUGCUGCUUCCAUUUAACAACAUGUGCUAACUCCUGCAUAGCCGCCUCUGUUGUGUUAUAGUAAUUAUCAUACUGUGAUGUCAUUUUCCCCUGUGUCCAUGAGAGCGACGUGUAUUGUUCAUCCAGCUGGCCCUUGGGAUAAUAAAAUACACCAACCCGCUCGCAA